UCCUUCAAACAGCUGCUUUCCGAAGGGUUGGCAGCCCCUAACGAGAGGAUCGAUAAGGGCAAAAAGAGACGCCAUCCGAAGCCAUAUUUACCUGACGCCGUAAUCCCGGGUAUAUGUAUGUAUACUUAGCUUACUGAUCGCCAUAAAAAUAAAAACAGGCAGGCGACAAAAUAUUUCCAGCAACUUUACCUGCCAGAUACCGACGAGGAAAGUUCGCGAAAAUGGUUCUGGCCGCCGAAGUGAGAAGUAUUGUGAAGGCUCUAAAGGGCUCGAACAGCUGCGAGGAGAUCGCCCAGAUCCUCGAGUGCGACGUGGAGAGCGUGGUGAGCUGCAUCCGAGAGUGUGAGCUGCUUGAGGGCAAAACGGCCACCCUGCGCCUGCCCCAGAAGCCCAAGACCCCAGUCCAGACUCAGGCGCCACUUCGAGAGGAGGACACAAAUCGCGAGGCGGGAAAACGAGAAGUGGGCAGACCAAAAGUCCUGGAAAACCGCCAACUAGUUGAGCAAAUUCUGGCCAGUCAUCCGAACUGUACAUCCGUUGACGUGCAGAGGAUACUGAUCCGACAAUAUGGGAUAGAGGUGAGCCGUAGGACAUUGCAGCGCCGCAUCAGCGAGAUUCGGUCCAAGCAGAUCCGGGACGGGAAUCGGGCAGUCACAAUACCGGAAGAAGAGGAGAAGACACCGACUUCGCUCAGCAUGGAGUCGAAGCGAAGAAGGGUGGCCUGGGCCAAGGCUCAUCAGGACUGGACAGUGCGCGACUGGCGUAACAUUUUCAAUAUGGACGACCUCAAGUUUGUGGAGGGCUCGCCGCCGAAGGAGAUCUUCCUGGACACCCUAGUCGGCCCGGAGGGCACUGACUGCAGCGACCUCAAUCUCCUGGAGCAGCUGAUGGCCAUCAUCGAGCCGCGAAUUCAGGACCAGGCCCCGAAAAACGUCUACGAGUUCCGGUCAGUUCUGUACGAUGUGUGGCACAGUGACAACGAGAUGGUGGACAGGAUCGAGAUGCUGUACGAGUCCAUGGCGUGGCGAGUGACGGCAGUGAUCCACAGCGGCGGGGACCUGACCGAAUUCUGCUAGCCCAGCUAACGAUUGUGCAGUUUUUGAAUGUCUAAUUGAAAAUGAAAACAUUUAAACUCUUAAAAUACGGAUGCCAAUUAUAAAUAUUAUGAUUCUUACUAGGUUUAAGCUUCUGAUUAUUGCCAGAAUUUAAAAAGUUAUAAUAAAAUUUAUGAUUAAUUAAUUAGUAUAAGUACAAUUUUUUCCUCUUAUAGUUCUAAAAUUAUAUAACCGAUAACCAAUUAUAAAUAAACAAAGAUAGCAAGCAAA